CCUUAUACUCUCCAUCUUCUUCAAUUCCACUAUAAAAAGGACCAUUAAAAUGGCCUACUUACUUAACUAAAACCAGCCAAGCUUCAAAAGCUCAACAAUGGCGGCCAAUAACCAUUUGAGCUUUCUUCUUCUUCUUCUUCUUCUCGCUCUUUUUCAGCUCUUUAAUCCAGGAAGGGGGCAAUUGGAAAUGAAUUAUUAUGCAAAAAGUUGUCCAAAAGCUGAAGAAAUUAUAAAGCAGCAAGUCGUUGAUCUUUACUAUGAACAUGGAAACACUGCUGUUUCGUGGCUCAGAAAUCUCUUCCAUGAUUGCAUUGUUAAGUCUUGUGAUGCAUCACUGCUAUUGGAGACGGUGGUGGGAGUGGAAUCAGAGAAAGAUUCAAGCAGAAGUUUUGGAAUGAGAAAUUUCAAAUAUGUAAAUAAGAUCAAAGCUGCUGUUGAAAAAGAAUGUCCUCUCACUGUUUCUUGUGCUGACAUCGUUGCUCUCUCCGCUAGAGAUGGCAUAGUUAUGUUAAAGGGGCCUCAUAUAGAUUUGAAAACCGGGAGAAAAGACAGCAAAAUGAGUUAUUCAAAUAUGGUUGAAGAGUUGGUUCCACAGCACAAUGAAUCUCUUGUAAAUGUUCUCUCUCGCUUUAACUCCAUUGGUAUUGAUACCGAAGCAACCGUCGCUCUUUUAGGAGCUCAUUCAGUCGGUCGAGUUCACUGCGUAAACUUAGUAGAAAGACUAUAUCCAACGGCCGAUCCUACCAUUGAUCCAGAAUAUGCCAAAUACCUAAAGAUGCGAUGUCCAACACCAACUCCUGAUCCAAACGCAGUGUUGUAUUCAAGAAAUGACCGUAAAACUCCUAUGGUUCUCGAUAACAUGUACUAUAGUAACAUACUAAAACACAAAGGAUUGCUCAUAGUGGACCAAGAAUUGGCUUCUAAUCCUUUAACGUUACCUUAUGUCAAGAAAUUUGCUGCCGAUAAUGUCUAUUUUCAUGCACAAUUCUCAAGGGGCAUUCGUUUGUUAUCAGAAAAUAAUCCUCUCACCGGAGAUCAAGGAGAGAUUAGGAAAGAUUGUCGCUUUGUUAAUAAGUAAAACUCAAUUAAUUGAGUUUGCUUAUGGGAUUUAUAUUGUAAAGAAUAAACAAAAAAUGAUGCUUUGGGGUUGCUUUUACAAGUCUUUCAAUUGUGUAAUUGUGAUGUAAACUUUUCAUCUUCUAUGCAUAUUGGGUUUUUACCAUUCCAAAAAAGGAAUGAGUUAAAAGUAGUUUUGUUUUUGUUC